GGCCAGGAGGCCGAAGGGCGGCGCGGCCGUUUGAAAAAUGGCGGCCCGGAGGGGGCAGCCAAUCAGCGGCGCCGGCCCGUUGCUAGGAGACGCCCGCGGCGAGGCCUACCCGCCGGCCCGAAGCCUACCUCCGCCACUGUUUUUGCCGGAGGGGGAAGCGCGGCCUUUCUGGCCUCCAGAAGGACAGGAACGGCCUCUGUUGGAUCACUCAAGCCAAUCGCAAAAGCUCUUCUCCAAAGCGCCUGAAGGCAGGACAAGAAGCAACGGAUGGAAACUAAUCCAGGAGAGAAGCAACCUAGAACUAAGGAGAAACUUCCUGACAGUGAGGACAAUUAACCAGUGGAACUACUUGCCUCCAGAAGUGAGGGAAUGUCUGUCAAUCCACAUCGGUCAGGCGGGAGUCCAAAUGGGGAACGCCUGCUGGGAACUUUACUGCCUGGAACAUGGGAUUCAGGCGGAUGGCACCAUCCCGGGCACCCCGGCCCCUCCGAAGAGCGAGACCGAGCAAGUGGAGUCCUCUUUUGAGACCUUCUUUUGUGAGACGGCCUCCGGGAAGCACGUGCCUCGGGCGGUGUUCGUGGAUCUGGAACCCACCGUCAUCGACGAGAUCCGCACAGGGACCUACCACUCCCUCUUCCACCCGGAGCAGCUGAUCAGCGGCAAAGAAGACGCUGCCAACAACUAUGCCCGGGGCCACUACACCAUUGGCAAGGAAAUCAUCGACACCGUCCUGGGCAGGAUCCGCAAAAUGGCUGACCAGUGCAGUGGCCUGCAAGGGUUCCUGGUCUUCCACAGCUUCGGUGGCGGGACGGGCUCAGGCUUCACCUCUCUCCUGAUGGAACGACUCUCCGUGGAAUACAGCAAGAAGUCCAAGCUGGAGUUCUCCGUGUAUCCCGCCCCGCAGGUCUCCACCGCCGUGGUGGAGCCCUACAACUCCAUCCUGACCACCCACACCACCCUGGAGCACUCGGACUGCUCCUUCAUGGUGGACAACGAAGCCAUCUACGACAUCUGCAACCGGAACCUGGACAUCGAACGUCCGACCUACACCAACCUCAACCGCUUGAUCGGGCAGAUUGUCUCCUCGGUGACGGCUUCCCUGAGAUUUAACGGGGCCCUGAACGUCGACCUGAUCGAGUUCCAGACCAACCUGGUGCCCUACCCCAGAAUCCACUUCCCCUUGACCACCUACGCCCCCAUCAUCUCGGCCGAAAAGGCCUACCACGAGCAGCUCUCCGUGCCGGAGAUCACCAACGCCUGCUUUGAGUUUUCCAACCAGAUGGUCAAGUGCGACCCCCGCCGGGGCAAGUACAUGGCCUGUUGCCUCUUGUACCGGGGAGACGUGGUGCCGAAGGACGUCAACGCGGCCAUCGCCGCCAUCAAGACCCGGCGCUCCAUCCAGUUUGUCGACUGGUGCCCGACCGGCUUCAAGGUGGGCAUCAACUACCAGCCGCCCACCGUGGUGCCCGGUGGAGACCUGGCCAAGGUGCAGCGGGCCGUCUGCAUGCUCAGCAACACCACGGCGAUCGCCGAGGCCUGGGCCCGGCUGGACCACAAGUUUGACCUCAUGUACGCCAAGCGGGCCUUCGUCCACUGGUACGUGGGGGAAGGCAUGGAGGAAGGCGAGUUUGCCGAAGCUCGGGAAGACCUGGCGGCUCUGGAGAAGGAUUACGAAGAGGUCGGGCGGGAUUACGCCGACGGGGAGGAAGAGGAGGCAGAGGAAGAUUUUUAGAAGAAAGCGCAGGCCAAACUCUGUGUGCGCAAACAAGCUGAGGUCAAAAAGAAAACAAAAAAAGGACGUUCUAUCACCCGGCCGAAAAAUAUCCACGGUUUAGCACAAGGUAGGCAACCUCGGCUCUUUUAUGACUGGUGGACUUCAACUCCCAGAAUUCCUGAGCCAGCUAUGCUGAGGGGAAAGGGAGAGGUUUCCAAGCUGAGCCAGGCUGGCUGAGGAAUUCUGGGA